AUGGGAGGAUGUUAAUCUGAACAGAAAGAAAAGCCUGUAGAGUUAGUAGAAGCUAAAGAUGCAAGAGACGUAGUUGAUUAGUACAAUAAAUACCAAUCGAUUGGUAUUUAAAAAGAAAAGCUAGAAUUCAGAUACGUUUAUGCAUUCAAAUUUAAAAAUGAGCUAUAUGAAGUAGUGAAAGUUUAUUUAGAGCCAGUCAAAAUCCCUGAUUUUAGAUAUUAGUCUGACACAAGAGAUGAUUGGGAAAAAAUUCUUAUAAAAAAAGUAAAUUAAUCUGAUUAUUAAGCAUAACCAGAGCAGUAAAGUUAAGCUAACCCAAAAGAGGUAUAAAGCAACGAAAACGACGGUGAUGAGGAGGAUGAUUAUUUAUUGAUGAUGAACCUCUUAAAUUAGAAUACAGCACUAGUACAUGAAAAAUAGGUUCGCUUCUUUGAAAAGCUCAAACAUCCUAAUUUGGUAGAAUACAUGGAUCAUUAUAGAAUAAAUAAUCAAUUAACUGCAUUCAAAGAAUAUUGUCCUCAAGGAGGCCUUAUCAAGUAUUUGGAAAGAAAUAAGAAAGAGUUGAAUGCAGAUAUCCUUUUUGAUUUGAUAGAAGAUGUAUGUAACGCACUGAAAUUUCUUUAUGAUAGAGCAGUAGUAGACUUUGAGCUUUCUUUGGAAAUGAUUUAUGUUUCCAAUAACAUAAUAAAAAUAGAUCUUUAUAAUGGCGUUAAGAUGGAUGAAAAAGUGAUUCGUCGUUUACUUAAUGAAGGCCACAAAAGUGAUUCUUAAGUAUUCAACAAUCUCAUUUUAAAUUCAAGAGUUUAGAUGCCAACUCAUCAAUUUAAACCAGUAUAAACUGCUUAAAGCACUUUGAAGACAAGCUAAAAAACUAGAAUAGUCAUUGAUGACCAAGCUCAAUUUGUUGAAUAAAUACAAAAGAAAUUUAAAGUUGAUGAAAAUAAAAUUAAUAUUGACUUUGUUAGACUUUUUUGUCUUUACAUUUUAUUUGAUUAAGAUUUUAGAGUAAUGCUUAAAGAAAAAUAGGCCAUUCCAAAUACCAGAUAAUUUUCUAAUAAGGGUUAAACAUAGACUAUGGCAUAUAAAGAAAUAGAUGUCAGUGAAAUUAAAGAAGUAAACAAAGCACCUAAAGAUCUAAAAGAAUUUAUGUAAUGGACUUUAAAUUAAAUUAAAUCCAUCCGUCCAAAUUUAACUGAAUUACAUAAAGAAAUAUAAAGAAUUAGAUAUUAAGCUGAUGUGAUCACAUAUAUAAAUUAAUUGUAUAUAAGAAACGCUAGCAAAAAAUAAAGUAAUUAAUCUGAGCUUCCUGGUGAUGAAAAGUUAAAAGGCUAUCAAUCUCAUUACUUGCACACAACUAUGUAUGAUGAUUGCAAAUAAAAUGAUGAUGAUGAGGAUUUCAACGAAUAAAAAGAUGAGCUACAUGAAUCAUCAACAAAUGCUAAACAAAUAAUAUUUAAUAGACAUUUAAUAAAGAAAAGUGCAGCACAAAAAAUAGAAUAGGAGGAAGAAAGUGUCUAAAAUUAGUUAAAUAAUUCCAUUCAAAACUCUUUGAACAUAGACACUGUUAGCUUUAAUAAUAAUCAUGACUCUGUAGACAAAUAAUAAAAGAAGAAUGUAAAAAUAUGGGAAGAAGUUGAAGAAAUUCCUUAAAAUUAAAUUAAAAAAAUAAUAAAUCCAACAGAUUUAAUGAAUGUUCAAUUCAAAUUCUAUGAAGAAAAUUAUUAUGUGGCUUCUUUAAUUAACAAAUCUGAGUAUGGAUUAGGUUUUAGAAUCGAAAAUGUCAUUAAAAGUUAGCCAAGAGCAUUGUGCUUAAAAAUAUCAAAAAGCAAAAGCUACAACCCCUUUUUAGAGAAGGAAUUUACAAUUUUAAAAUAAUUUGGAACUCCAUAUAUAAUUAAGAGCUAUUCUUAGGUUCACAUCAAAGGUCUAAAUGGAAUUGUAGUUGAUUUAUAUAGUUAAAAUCUAUAGCAAUAUCUUAUAAAUUCAUCUAAAUUAGAUAUAGCUUGUUAACUUAUUGAAUUUUUACAUUAAUUUUUAAGUGGAUUACAUGAACUUCAUGUUAAAGAUAUUAUUCACAGACAACUUUCAUUUGAAUCUAUUUGCAUCUAAUCACCUUCUUCGAGCGCUCAAAACAAAACCAUUGCUAAAAUCUCUAAUUUAGAACUAGCUAUUUAACUUAAGUCAUAAAAUUAUAUUAGUUCUGAUAUACCACUCAAUUCUUAUAGCUCCCCAGAAAUGAGAGAAAAGUAAGCUUAUGGUAUUGCAUCAGAUGUAUUUUCCGCAGGAGUUAUCAUUUUAUCAGCUCUGUGCAAUGUCUCUCCUAAAAAAAUUCAAUCGAUUGCCUGUCCCGAUUUGUUACCUCAAGGCAAAUAAAAUCUUUAUGUCAGUCAUAUUGUAGACUAAAAAGUAGACUUAUAAUAAAGUCACUAUCAAAGAGUGUUUAGCAAAAUCUAAAAGAAGUAACCUAAAGAUGAACAAAGAAAGAUAGGUACAUCUGAAACAAAAGGCACUACCGAAUCUAAUAUAUUUAAAUCUCAUUCUAUCCUUGUCGAUAGCUCACCCUCAUAGAGUAAAAACUAAAGUAAAAACGAAAUAGAAUUAUAGUAAUCUGCAAUGAACUCUCAAAGAGUAUAGACAUCGAGAUAAAAUAUAAACUAAAAAGGCUUAAGGGAAGUAUUAGGAGAAAAAUGUCCCUAGCUGAUUAUUGACACAUUUGAAAAAAUGAUCUCUAAAUACCCUCAAAUAAGAGGUAACUGCUCUGACUACCUAAGUGAUUUACAAAGAUUAAAAAAUCAACCUGAAGUUAUUAACUAUGUGAACAUGCAAAACAAGCAAACAAGACUAAUCUGA